AUGGGAUCGAGACCUGAGAUUCCACAGUUCGACGGAUCUGGAGAUUUCGCGAUCUGGAAGAAGCGGAUGUUGGCUAACAUCACAGUUCAAGGACUCAAGGAUCUCCUCAAAGAGAAGGAGGUGGUUACGAUGACAGAGCAGGAGAUUCUCGAAGAAACUCCAGCUGCGAGGAAGAAGCGACUCGAGGAUGAAGAAUCGUGGCUAGAGCGAGACGAUAAGGCGCUGAAUCUGAUAUUCAUGUACGUGAACGAUCUGGUGUUGAGGAAACUCGACAAGUGCACCUCAGCAGCUCAACCUGGGAAAAUUUGGAUCGUCUGUAUCUCGCUAAGACGUUGCCAAAUCGAGUCCACUCUCAAUUGA